AUGAGUCAACUGCCCACCGACCCCCAACUUUCCGACACCGUUCGCGGCCUAACAGUGAGGGUUGGCGACCUGUUGGCUACGCUGGCAAUUGCACGCAACUGCAUGCACAUAAUGCGUGGCUGGGGCGAUGCGAAGUCCAAGGCAACCCUGCCGGCCUACAGACGCUCCGUGAAGUCCAGUCGUCCGGGCAUUCUGCCCUGUCCGGCCGUCACCUGUGUCCUCCAGGAGGCUGACUUACCGGAGGUCCCGACCUCUGAUGACGACACUCCGAUGGAACUUCCCCGGCAUAGCCUUGAAAACUACAUUCUCAAUCCUCUGGGCAUCCCCACCAGUGAAGUGCCUACAAUCUCGCUUGCUGUUGCCUGGCAAAAACUCUUGACGCUGUUCUAUCAACAUACACAAUUGUUGUACUACUACUACUACUACUACUACUACUACUACUACUACUACUACUACUAUUUCUACUACAACUUCUACAACUACUACUUCUACUACUAUUACGAUUUCUUCUGCUUCUACUACUACUACGAC